AUGUCUUCCAUGUUCGGCAAGCCGCGGACCACCUCCUCUGCUUCUGAGCGCCACCCCCACAGCCUCCUCCCAGAAUGCAACCUGGCCAUUUUAGGAUCCCGAGGGUCCGGAAAAUCAGCUCUGACGGUGAAAUUUCUGACCAAGAGGUUUAUAAGUGAAUACGAUCCUAAUUUAGAGGACACCUAUGCUUCAGAAGAAGUGGUCGACCAACAGCCGGUUCUGCUGAAGGUGAUGGAUACGGCUGACCAGGAUGCCCCAGUAAGCUGUGAACGCUACCUGAACUGGGCCCAUGCCUACCUGGUGGUCUACAGCAUCGACAACCGAAAGAGCUUUGAGGGCUGCCAGCUGUACCUGGAUGUCCUUGCGCUCCACUCGAAAAACACCCCGCAUGAAUCCCCGGUUCUCCUCGUGGGAAACAAGCAGGACAUGGAGCAGUACAGGCAGGUCACCAAGGCUGAGGGAGCGUCUCUCGCCACCAAAUAUGGCUGCUUGUUCUACGAAGUCUCGGCCUGCCUCGAUUUCGAGUCCGUGCAGCACGUGUUCCACGAAGCUGUCCGAGAGGUGAGGCGGGAGACGGAGCGGCACGUGGCCAUCCGCCCCCUGUUCAUCCUCGAGGAGAAGUCUCCCCUCCACCUCCUCCCGCCAGCCGCCGUGGCCUCCAAGCACGCCUUGGCCAGCUGCACCUUCAACACGCUCUCCACCGUCAACUACAAGGAGAUCCCUUCGGUGGCCCAAGCCAAACUGGUUACGGUGAAAUCCUCGCGGGCUCAGAGCAAGAGAAAGGCCCCGACGUUGACUUUGCUGAAGGGCUUUAAGAUCUUCUGAGGGGCGCCAGCUCCGUGGCACUGUGGACCGAAGAGGAAAGGAGCCCCCGCCAAGGGACUGCACGGAACCCUGGCAACAACUUGGCAGCCAUUUUGGAAACCGAGGUUCUGCAGGUUGUGCGGCUGUGGUCCUGCAGCAAAGCACUCUGGGAGACGGAGUGGACUAGACUGCAGGCAAUCUAU